CAUGCCUGCAUGUGAUCCUCCUAACUUUAUUAAAUACUCCUCACUGUGAUCCUUAUGUAUGGCAAAUAUGCUCUUCUUCACCUACAUUUUCUCAGGGAUCACAGAAUAAGGAUAGGUGUGGUUGCUAUGAAUAGGCUACAAACAACCCUCCCUCUCCUCCCCGCUCACCCCAGCCUCCCCCACGUGCUCUCUGCCUUGCGCUAAUGUUUUGUAUCCAAGCAACGAGGGCGUGGUCUACCAUCCUGCUCCAGUUUAUUAAGGAUACAUCUACCGUGACUUCCUCAGUUCAGGCCGCCGGUCCCUGCAUGGCAACAGGCGCAAGGGGUUCCCCCGUACGUCGCCUCUCUGUCUUCCCUUACCAAAUAUCUGUUAGUGUUUAUCAAUCUGUGUGUCUGCUUCUCCCCGGCGCGUCCUGCAGCGGCAGCAUGUCCUGGAAUAUAGUAUAACGCGGAGCAGAAACUUUAAACCCGGGAUCUUGAACACAGUGCAGCGAAGAUCCGCCGAGAGGACUCCACACACCGAUUCUCAUUGAUGAGCCUGCAAAUGACGUCGAGAUGGCUUUAGGGGGUAUUCUCCCAUCAAUUUCCACGUUCGCCAUCGCCAGCGGCCCCACUCUAAAGAGCAAAUCUAUAGGAAGUGCCAAUUUAAGAUGGAAGGAGGAGUUGUCCCAUCUUAAGAAACCCAGUGUGCCAACCGGAAGCAGCCGCUCGGACCCAGACCGUCCCACUGCCCCCAGCACAACAAGCCCCAGCAUGUCCAAGAAGGAAGCAGAGCCUGACCUGGACUUGGACUACGACUUUAUUCUUUCUAACUCUAUUCUGCAACAACAACAACAACAACAACAACAGCAGCAGCAGCAGCAACAACAACAGCAGGAGGAGGCUAUGGCAUGCAGCUCUGCACAGACUCUGUCUCCUUCCCCGAGCUCUUACUCCUCAUCUUACCCUCUCCCCUCCCCUCAGGACACUGCCAGUGAUCUCCUUUACACCAUUCCAGACAUCAGCGACGUCUCGCCCUCUGGAGGCUUUGUGGCAGAGCUCAUGAGACCCGAGUUGGACCCGGCAUACCUCCACCCCACCAGCCUCCACGGCAAAUUUGUGGUAAAGACAACAAUGGACAUGGGGGAAUACAGCCAAGGCGUGAAUGUAAGCAAGGCCUGCGUUGCUGCUGUGUCAGACCCAACUCCUCCUCGUGUCUCGCCGUCCUUUGCGUGCCACAGGAUAAAGCAGGAGAACCACAGUGACUGCAUCAUCUCGCAGCCCAUCGACCUGCACCUGGGCCGAGGGAGCCAGCAGCAGCGCCCAUGCCAGUUGGAGCUGCAUUGCUUCCCAGGUGGGGGGAGGUCCAUGACAGGCGGCAGGUUAUCCUCAUCCUCGUCCCUCUCACCGGACCAUCCUCUCAGCCGGGAGCACCAGAUCCUAGGACAUCCCCACACUCAGAUCCCUCUAACUCCCCAGGGAUACCACCAUAGCUCCCCGCAGGGCUACAACUCCUUCCCUCAGCCAUCCUCCCUGCAGUACCAAGAUCCCCUCAUGAUCUCCAGUGGGGAUUGCUUACCGGAGGAACCAAAGCCUAAACGCGGCAGGCGCUCCUGGCCGAGGAAGAGAGUCGCCACACACACUUGUGACUAUGUUGGCUGUGGCAAAACGUACACUAAGAGCUCCCACCUCAAAGCACAUCACCGCACACACACAGGGGAGAAGCCUUACCACUGCGACUGGGAGGGCUGCGGUUGGAAGUUUGCACGUUCGGACGAGCUCACACGCCACUACAGGAAACACACGGGCCACCGGCCGUUUCAGUGUCAGAAAUGUGACCGGGCCUUCUCAAGGUCAGACCACCUCGCUCUACAUAUGAAGAGACACUUAUGAGACUUGCCGAUGAAUGAAGGCUCCAAAGAAAGACACAAACAUGUUAGAAGCAACCCUGACUUACACAAUUUUUUUUAAACCAUAAUUUGCCUUCAAGCCGUUGUCAAGCAACGAGACAAGCUGUGGUGUUCACGGCAUAAACAGAGGGUGUGCAGGUGACUUGAAAAGAACUUCCAGUCGGGGUUGUAAACUUUUAUGAAAGGGACCAAACUGGAAUUUGUCUUAUUUAACCGACAAAACUUGGAGGACCAGGUGCCAACAGCUUUUAACUGGAAAUGUAUUUCUGUCAGGGAAACCAGGAGCAACAGACAAACAUCUCCAGAGGCCUUACACCAGCAACAUGCCAAUAUAGGCUCUGUUAUCAACUACACACUGUUCAAAAUACUGUAUUAAUUAAGAAAUCUAUAUUUAUAUAACCAUUUCACCUGCAAUGCCAUAGAUUUCAGGUACAAUGUUAAUUUAUAGAGAAAGGUGCUCAGUGACUCUGAAGAAGGUUUUUUUUAAUUAAAGAAAGGUACCAAAGAUUAAGGAACAUAUACAAAAGGGUGAACACUAUGAAAAAGUGCCAUAUGGUUGUUUGUGUGUUUCUCAGAAACCUCUCUUCCACAAUCUGACUCCAAUCAGGUGAACACUUCACUUUUAAAUGGUGAUGGCAAUCUUCAAUGCACUGCAGUUGCAAAGUGCAAUAAUUUAUGUGAGACAUUCAUAUUUUUGUAUUGAAUGAGUAACUCUGAACAAAAAGAUUUUUGUUUAUAGCCAAAAUAUGUAAUAUAAUCUUGAAUUUUGUACAUUUGUAAAUAGAAAUGCUUUGUUAAUGUUUUGUAUUUUACACUAUAUUAAAAUAAAAUGUAUUUGAAAUAAGAAAAUGAUAAUGACCUUUAUACUAUUCAAGCGAAAAGACAUCCUGUAUUUCCCUGGUAGUGUAACCGAGAAGCAGAUUUAAAUGGCAGCUCACACACAAUAUGACAAUGAUACAACAUGAUAAUAGCGGUAUCGCCACAGGCAAACUAUCACAAUGUUGCCGUUAAAAAGAUUUAAAAAACCUCUCCUACAAUGUCCUAUUUCCAUGGGGUUCUCUUUUCACCUGUCAAUGGGAAGAAUAGGGAGGACAACCGAGUUACUGGCUGACAUUCAGAGAUGACACCAAAUCUGCUGAAGCUCUCAGGUGCACAACAUGAAAAACCUCAAAGAUGCAGCAGAGAGAUCGUGUUUGGAAAUGAUUCAGCAUCAUGUAAUCUAUCCAGCUAUAUGCUUUGUUUCCACAACAUUUUAAAUGAUAAUAUUUAAGAUUGUUGCAUAGUGCUUUACCGAUGCUAAUAGUUUGGUUUUUUCUCCCCACAUGGUUCUUAACAGAAAAUAUUGGUCAUGAUUUGGUAAAAACCAAAACAAGACAAGCUUCUUUUUGAUGCGUAACUAAACUUUUCUAAUUAUUUUAAAUAUGAUCUAAAGUGCUGAUGUGGAAUAAACAGUUAUUUAUUUAUUUCCGAAAUUAAAGUCUUAAAGUUAAUUCAUACACAGCUUAAACAUAUAUAUAAUGUAUUAGUAGUAGUGACAAAUGCAUUAAAAAAAAUCAACCAAUGUA